CACUUCUCUUCCAAGCUCUUAAUAAAUCCCCCUUUUCUCCUCACUCUAGUACUCCUACUUGUUCUGUUAUUCCACUGAAUAUAGAGAUGGAGGAUGAAGAAAAGGUGGGGAAAGUGGGAGAAAGCGAAGGAGAAGAUGCAUCAAGAGUAUUCCCAUGUCUAUUCUGUUCAAGAAAGUUUUACAGUUCUCAAGCUUUAGGAGGACACCAAAAUGCUCACAAGAAAGAAAGAACAGCUGCAAGAAAAGCCAAGAGGGUUUCUGAGUACUCCUGUGCUUCCUUUUCUUCCCCUUUGGUUUUUGCUCCAACCCAUCAUCAUCUAGAUAUGUUUAUCACUGCCCAUGCUGCAAAACUACCUCAUAUCCCAAGCCAUCAAAAUUCACAACAAUUAGGAUCAAAUGGUGCCCCUAGAUUUGACAGUGGCAAGAGUUUCGUUAAUUGGCAAAAUAGUAGCUUCAACUGGGGUGACACAUCUCAACAUACACCGUUGAUAAGUAACAACCAAAAUGUUGAAAUGUGGAUAAAUGGUACAGAGAAAGAGCAAAAGCUUGAUUUAUCUCUUCAUUUGUAGACAUUGUAUAGACUGCAAAUGAGAAGAUGCAUUUUUCUCAGAGCUAGGGAGCUGCGGGACUCGUCUUUUGGUUUAAUGUGAAAAAAUCAUAACUAAGUUUUGGGUGCAUUUUGGGCACAAAUUAGAUUGAAAAUUGGGCUUUGCAACAGCCAACAUGCCCAUAUCCUUGCGACCAACACGGGUGUUUCAAGAACAUGCAAAACUAUGCUUUUAGUCUUGCAAGGUUGUGCUUACUUGCAAGAAGUCCAACUCUAAAGCAAUUUUAGGGUUUUCAACCUCUAUUUACAUAUUUAAUCUUGGUGUUGGACAGUCGUUGAUGACAAUGGGAGCGUUGAAAGCACUUCUUGGGAUCUCUUUAUCUCUUCUUUAUUGGAGACUCCUCUAAUUUGCAUUUAUUUUUUGAUUACUAUGGAUUAGUUUAUUAUUAUUUUGAUUUUUUUUAUAUUAUGUCUAGCUAAAUCUAUAAUUAUAGUUAUGAUAGAUUAUUUGCAUAACUCUAUGAAAUUUUUAUGAUUUAUGAUAAUUUCGUAUUUU